AUCCAUCAUCUCAAAAUGGGUUUUUUUCUCCAAAAAAAUUUAUCAUCAUUUUUCCUAUUUUCCUUGCUAUGUUUCAUCCAAUUUUCUUCCAUUUCUUGUGAGAAAAAAGUUUCAUUAGCUUUGUAUUAUGAAAGCCUCUGUCCUGGUUGUUCUGAUUUUAUUGUUAAUUAUUUACCUAAGAUUUUCAAGAAUGGGAUGAUUGAUUUUGUUGAUCUUAAACUUGUUCCAUGGGGAAAUACUAAAAUUCAACCCAAUAACACCUUCAAAUGCCAGCAUGGUCCAGCUGAAUGUUUUCUGGACACUGUAGAGGCUUGUGCUCUAGAUGUCUGGCCAGAUUUGAACGAACACUUUCCUUUUAUUCACUGUGUGGAAAGUUGGAUCUACCAUAAGAAUUAUACCCAAUGGGAAACAUGUUUCGAAAAACUGAAUUUGAAGAAAAAACUCGUUACUGAUUGUGUUGGCGGCGACCGAGGCAAACAGCUUGAACUACGUCACGCAGCUGAGACACCUCCGCAUAAAUUUGUGCCAUGGGUUGUUGUUGAUGGACAACCGCUUUACACUGACUACAGGGAAUUCAUAAGCUACAUUUGCAAAGCUUACAAAGGAACCACGCCAAUCCCCGGUUGCAGCUCAUCUGAUUCUUUAAGUUUCACUUCCAAGUUAUCAACUAUAAGUUCAACAAUUACAUCAUUUGUUGAACAGAGAGUUAAGCUUGCUGCAUCUGCAUAAUCCACAGACUGCUCUCUAUUGCGCGCGCUGCGCGCGUAAACUAUAUAAUAGAGCUCCUUGAUGCUGGUUAUGUUUUAUGAAAUGAUGAAUUUGUGACUGCAUUUGUAAAAUAUUUAUCAUAGUUUGAAUGAUAAUGAAGGUGUUCAGUUCUCUAAUAAGUUGUUUAUAGAAA